AUGAAAUGCUCUCGAAACCCUCUUAUCCCCAACCAAAGACCAGGCACACAGUGUUGCUACUUGGACAUCGGUGAAUGUCCAAACAGUGAUUGGCUGGCACUGGACAUUUUGGAGCAAGACCUGAAAUUGGACCGCCUGAAGUAUUGCUACCCCAUGCCCAAAUCAAGAUUUAACCAUUUCCUCUUCUAUCUGCUGCUGGAGUGUGCUCUCCUCAAGGACAGGAACCAGGUGAAGCAGCAGCAAGGCCGGGCCCCAGGAACCAGCCGGGAACUGCCUUCCCUUUUCCUCAAUGGGAACGAUUUUGCCUCAAAAACAGAGGACAGGGAUUACCCCUGCUCUCCUCCCCCAGCCACAGGCACAAAGGCAGAGCGGUGUGACGGGCAGCUUCUUUGGCUCCGCCCUCUCUCUUUUCCCCCAAACACUGAACAGAUUCCCAGCUCCCGCAGGACAGGAGUCACCUCAGACAGCGCACACGCGGGACACACGGUCCCCAGCCCGGGGCACCUCUGUGCCAACAUGGCCCAGACAGGUGUCUCCCUCCGCAUCCCUGGGUACCUCACCUCUGCCCCGCAAGCCACCCUGCUCCUCAGCCUGGUCCUGGCCUCCUUCCACGCGGCCUGCAGUACAGAAACCAGCGGCGGCAACUCAACCCUGAGUACACACCCUGGGACCCUGGAGCAGUGUGCCAACGUCGACUUCUGCCCACUAGCCUCCCUGUGUUGCCGAGCUUCGGUGGAUGAAUAUGGCUGGAUUGCGGCGGCGGUUGGCUGGAGUCUCUGGUUCCUCACCCUCAUCUUGCUCUGUGUGGACAAGCUGAUGAAGCUAACCCCAGAGGAGCCCAAGGACCUGGCGGCAUGAGCACAGAGCCGUGGCCCCAGGGAUGGCUAUUCCUACCGCGUGUGGGUAACAGGGAGGGGCAGGAGCCUUCCAGAAGCUUCUGUCACUUUAAAGUCGCUUGCUCCUCGAA